GCUCUGCGCUCUGCCCAGACCACGCACCUCGCCCAGACAGCCCAGCAGCGGAUCCUUCACCAGCUGUGAGACUGCGGACCUCUCUAAACACCAGCAAGUGAACCUCAAAAACGAGGAUACUUCUGUCUCUUUUGCGGGAAUUUGCUUUAAUGAGUAGCAGCCUCACCAUGGAGCAGUUGAGCGCGGCAAACACCCGCUUCGCCUUGGACCUGUUCCGCGCCCUAAACAAGAGCGAUCCUGCCGGCAACAUCUUCAUCUCCCCCUUCAGCAUUUCAUCAGCGCUGGCCAUGGUCUUUCUGGGGACCAGAGGCAAUACCGCAGCGCAGAUGUCCAAGGCUCUCUAUUUCAAAGAGGUUGAGGAGAUUCAUUCGGGAUUUCAGAGUUUGAAUGCUGAUAUCAACAAACAUGGAGCUCCCUACAUUCUGAAACUUGCUAAUAGGUUAUAUGGAGAGAAAAGCUAUGAUUUCCUCCCUGAGUUCUUAGCUUCAACUCAGAAAAUGUACGGUGCUGAACUGGCCAGUGUGGAUUUUCUGCAGGCCGCCGAAGACGCAAGGAAGACCAUAAACGAGUGGGUCAAAGGGCAGACGGAAGGGAAAAUUCCAGAGCUGUUGGCCUCAGGUGGGGUUGAUAGCACGACUAAGCUGGUGCUGGUGAAUGCCAUCUAUUUCAAAGGAAACUGGCAGGAGAAAUUCAUGAUGGAGGCCACAAAAGAUGCAGCUUUCAGACUGAAUAAGAAAGACACAAAACUAGUGAAAAUGAUGUAUCAGAAGAAGAGGUUUCCGCUUGGCCACAUCAAGGACCUUAAGUGCCGGGUGCUGGAACUGCCCUACGAGGGAAAGGACCUCAGCAUGGUCAUCCUGCUGCCGGAUGACAUCCUGGACGAGUCCACGGGGCUGAGGAAGAUUGAGCAACAGCUGACUUUGGAAAAGCUGCGGGAGUGGACCAGACCCGAGAAUCUGGAUCUCCUUGAGGUCAAUGUCCAGCUGCCCAGGUUUAAGCUGGAGGAGAGCUACGAGCUCAGCACUCUGCUGGCCUCCCUGGGUAUGCAGGAUCUCUUCAGUGGCAAGGCUGACCUGUCCGGCAUAUCAGGAGCCGGAGGCCUCUCUGUAUCGAAGGUGGUCCACAAGUCCUUCGUGGAGGUGAACGAGGAGGGCACAGAGGCGGCGGCUGCCACCGCGGGAGGCUUCUGCUACGCCAUGCCGUUGACAGAGGAGUAUUUCACCGCCGACCACCCAUUCAUUUUCUUCAUUCGGCACAAUCCCUCCACUAGCAUCCUGUUCCUCGGCAGACUUUCCUCCCCAUAGAGACUAGAAAUACACGGUCAAGCUUGGAGCAUUUUACCUGCCCUUUCAAUGGUGACCAUUUUCAUAGAUCUUUACCAGUAUAACUACUAUCCAAAAAUGAAUCUUUAAUCUCCUUUGUAAGCUCAGUCCUGUUGGCUGGUUACAGCCAUUAACUUGGCAUGGGUAUCUGUUCUUCUUUGUUUUUUUUUUCUGCGGUACGCGGGCCUCUCGCUGUUGUGGCCUCUUCCGUUGCGGAGCACAGGCUCCGGACGCGCAGGCUCAGCGGCCAUGGCUCACGGGCCCAGCCGCUCCCCGGCAUGUGGGAUCCUCCCGGACCGGGGCACAAACCUGUGUCCCCUGCAUCGGCAGGUGGACUCUCAACCACUGCGCCACCAGGGAAGCCCAAUCCCUCCUUUUUUUAAAGCUUAAUUUAACGAACACUUUGAAUGUUGACUUUGACCCAGAUGCUGGGGAUGUAAAAAUGAAAAUAAAUAAAUAAAUAAAAGAAACUUGCCCCAGUAUGAUCUGA